AUGCCGUUCCUGCCCGCGGAGGAGAUGAAGCAGGCUGCAAGCAACACCAAGAGGCUGUACACCGGAGCUGCGGAGAGAGUGGCCUCCCAAUAUGGCAAGCAGUUGACUUCGGAGCUUAAACGGUGGUUGCUGGGCACGCCAGACACCGACACGGCUCUCAGGGUCGUCGAGUACCUCGGUCUCCCGAUCACUCCAGACGGCUUCAUGGAAGCGAUGGAACCAAUAUGCGAGGAAGUUCUCCCCACCGCCGAACUCAUGCCCGGUGCUGACCGCAUCGCGCGCCACCUACACGCUCACGGCAUCCCCAUGGCCGUCACGACCAUCUCGAAACGCCCUUCAUUUGAACUCAAGAUAACACGGCAUCAAGAUCUUCUGACACUCUUUCACCACAUGGUCUGCUCGGGCGGAGAUCCGGGAGUGAAUCACGGCAUGCCACAACCAGACAUAUUCCUCGUUGCCGCAUCCAGGUUCGAUAAGAAGGCACUUCCCGAAAAGGUGCUGGUGUUCGAAAACUCUCCCAUGGGCGUCGAAGCUGCCUUAACCGCCGACAUGCAAGUUCUCAUGGUUGCAGAACAUCGCGUCGACGAAGAGAACCCACGCCACGCCACCCUGCGCCUCACCUCGCUACUGGAAUUCAAGCCAGAGCUGUUUGGCCUCCCUUCUUUUCCCGAUUCUCCGAAAAGAACUGAAGCACUGGAAUAA